CACGCAGAAGAUUGCGAUAUCGUCGUUGAUCGAUAUUUUGCGUAAACAACGUUGUUGCUAUGCCGUUUGUACCGUCUGGAACUCCUGCCGUAAAAUACUUGUUUAUUGUAUGAAAUUUCAAUAAUCUAUCAUUUAAUCUCCCAGGAAAGAUACCCAUUGUGACCGACAUUAAUAAAUCACAUUGAUUAGAAACCAAGAACAUGGCACCCAAGAAGAAAGGAAAGUCUGCCAAGAAGGGCAAGAUGGCCAAGAUGACAGAGGAAGAAAGAAUUUUAUAUCUGGAACAGAAGGAGUUAGCAGAGAAAGAGAUGCAGAAAAAGAAAGAGGACAUGCUUAAUCAAUUUUUAAAGGAUAAACUAGUGAAAGAGGAGAGGAAUACCCGCUUCAACAUGUACAAGAUCACCCACCAGUGGAGGAACAUCAUGCGUGCUUCCAAGUCGAGAGAGCUGAAGAACGACAUUGAGAUCCUGAGCCAGACCUUUGAGCGUGUGGUGGACAGGAAGGACAGUGUCAUCAAGUCUCUGGUCAAAGACUUGCAGGAAGCAGAGGAACAGUAUGCCAUGGGGCUCAGGAGUCAUCUACAGAAUAUGGAUGGACUUGUGGACCUCCAAAAGAGCAGACUGCAAAUCGUCAAGUCAGAAUACCUGGAUGAGCUGGAGAUACUGAAGAAAGAGUUUGACACCGAGAGGGCGCUGAUCAUCGAGCAACACAAGCAGGAGCUGAAUGAUCUUCAGGACAUUCUCUUUGCCAUGGAGCAGAACACGACCGAGAGGGAGAAUGAUGCAAGACAGGAUUUCCAGAGUCUCAGGGAUGAGAUCAAGAAUAAGAACUUGGAGGAGAAGCAUGCCCUGCGCCUACAGCUGGAGGGUCAGGUGGAAGACCUCUGGGCCCAGUUUCAGCAAGCCCUCAAGAGCUACCAGGAAUCAACGGAAGAAAGGAAGGCUGCCUUUGAAACCCUCAAGGACAAAGACGAGAAGAGUGCGAAGGAGAUCGAGAUGCAGAUGCGCAAACUACAGAGAAUAUCAGACAACAUUGCGUCCCUCAAAGCCAAGAUGUCUCAGAACUCAAGGGAAAGUGAGGAGAGGAAUCGAGACUUGAGGGAGCAGAGGGAGGUCAUCGCUCAGCACUUCCAUGAACUCAAAAGUCAGAUGAAUAACUUUCGGGAAAAUGAAAGAUCGCGGCUGACCAAGCUGACACUAGAAAGCAAUGCAUCCAUCAAAGAAGUUAAAAGGAAACUGGACAUGGGUGAGAGGAUAUUGAAACUGGCAGAGAUGAGUCGUAAACUGGAAACAGAAGAGGAGAAGGUUCUACCCUUCUAUGCAUCCAGUUUAACAGCAGAGGAACAGGAGGAUGUAGCAGCUGCAGUAGCAGAACCACCAUCAGAACAACUGGCAGAGAUCAUGCAUGAAUACCAAUCCCUGGAGAACUUCUGGAAGCGCUACAACAAGUCCCUCUUGGACAAGGUGGCCCUGGACAAGGAGCGCUCCACCCUGAUGAUGGAGAACGGGCGCCUCAGGACAGUCCUUAAGCAGUACCUUGAUGGUAUCUCAGUCAACGAUGAGAUCCUCAGCCAAGUCAACCCGCUCUUUGUCGUCAACCAGAAGACCAAUGCUCCAAUGGCUGUACCUAUCAUGGACCCAAGAGUGCAACGACCUACACAGACUGUAGUGGAGGCCGCACACAUUGUCAAGCAGUACGCAAUCUAGAAAGAUGCGUUGUCGUGACAUUCAAAGCGCAGUGGAAAUAGUAAUGUAAAAUGAUAAUUAAGGAUGAAUUAAGAUCUCUACCAUCUUUCUGACGUGGUUGGAUAUUUGUGUAAGUUGACUCUGGGUUUACAUGAAGAGAAAUCAAAUCUUGAAACGCAACUUUUGAUCCUGGUUGUGCGCAGUCAUUUACUGAUUUGACAUUGCUGUGUUUCUCCAAAUAUUUCAUUGAAAACAUGCGGGAUGUAAUGAAUAUUCAUCAUUGACAUUCCUUUAGUUAUGGGCUGUGGUGUUAUAGUCAUGGAUUGCUUUCUUGAACCCUAAUUAGAUGCAUAUCAGACAAAUUGAUGCUUAUCACUUCACGUGUUGGGCCAUGGUGUUGUAGGAUACAAUAUUCCACAUGUCUACUGGUAAUAGGGACAUAACAUUAGUGUGAAAUAAUGAUUUAUAAUAAUUAUUAUAAUUUGAAUAAUAAUAAGAAGAAGGGAAAAAUAUCAGAUGUGCCUGGUAAAUCAAAAAAGUUGGUCAGUACAAGAUGUAAAGAGAACUAUGUAUAGAAAUUAUCAUCAAUAUAUCUUAAAAAUGAAGAGGGGAAAAAAAAUGCUUUAUUUUCAAGUAAAAUUCUUCCCUAGUUGUAUAGAAAAACUUACAAUUGAAGAAUAUAUACAUGUACAUGAGAAGUAACACACCUCUGUAAUCAGACGUUAACACUUUAAAAGAACUAUGUUUCUGUAAAUAGAUGUAUAUUUGUAUCAAUGGACAAAUCCAGUAUGGUGUUAAAAUGUGGUUUUCACACCAAAAAUACAUUAUUAGUACUCUUCAUAUUCUUCUGAUCCAAGCUUAGCACUGAGGUGUGGUGUCGUGUUCAAACUUUGAUAGUAACUUUAGCCCACCAUCAAAAAUAUUAGUGUUUUUCAGUUUCUUGAAACCGUCUUAAGUCUAACUUCUAACAUCCCAUUGAAAUGUGUGUUAUAGAAUGAACACACGUUUCUAUGGGAUGUCCAUGAACUUAGACUUAUGAUGGUUUCAUGAAACUGGCCCCAGGACUCAUGGUAAACCUGUACAAUGUUUCAAGCACUUACAACACAAUCACAACUACUUUUAAAAAAAUCAGCCAAAGGCAAUUUCUAUAGCAUUGUGCAUCACUUGUUGAAAUGUGCAAACAUGAGAAUGAUGUAUUACCUUGUCCAAACAAUAUUUCUAUGGUAUCUACAAAAGGGUAUUGAAUUUGCCCCAAUUCGAUUUUUUUUCGAAAAUAGUUGUGAUCAUGUUUUACUAAGUAAAGUUGAAUUCACGAUACUGUUCUAGCUGUUUAUUGUAAUGCAUAUUUUAAUCUGGUUGAAUACUGAAUAAAUUUUGAUUUCUACCAAAUCUGAAAAACAUCAAUAAUAGAAAGGAAUAAAUAAGUGACGGAAUUUUAGAAUAAUAUAUGUAUCUACAUGUAUGUGUAAAUAAAAAAGUGACAUUUAAGAA